UCCCUCUUCUCCCCUCCCCAGUUUUUGCUGAAGAAAACAUAGCAAUCGUACAUCUUUUUUCUUCUUUCUUCUUUCUUCUUUCUUCUUUCUUGCUUUUCUUAUUUAUUACGUAAUUUUCUUAUCCUCUAUUUUAGUUUGCACGUUUUCUUGUCCUCUAUAAAUCUAUAUAGUCUUAGUCAAUUUUCUUCUUAUGUUAUCUCUUUCCUUUUCUUCUUACACAUAGUUCCAUGUUCGAAAAAGCCACUCACCUAAUACCUUGUUAGUUUCUCCUCUUCUUCUUAUAACUAUUAGUGUCUUUGUUUUUACUUGUUUGUGUUUGAAGUGAAAUUAAUUUAACUGGAGAUGGAAGGAGGAGGAGGUCAUGGAACAGAUGCAACAGCUUUCAAAGAAUGUUUAACUCUUUUAUGGAAGAAUCCUUAUGUUCUUCAACUUGCUUUCUCUUCCAGAAUUGGUGGCCUUCUCUUUGGCUAUGAUACAGUGAUAUCAGGAGCUCUUUUAUACAUUAGAGAUGACUUCAAGGAAGUUGAUCGAUUUACAUGGGUAAUGGAAUCCAUAGUGAGCAUGGCAGUUGCUGGCGUAAUCAUAGGUGCAGCAAUUGGUGGGUGGCUGAAUGACAAAUUUGGGAGGAGAAGUGCUAUACUCAUUGCUGAUUUCCUCUUUUUUGUUGGUGGUGUGGUUAUGGCAUCAACAAUGAAUUCAGCACUCCUCAUAGUUGGUAGGGUCUUUGUGGGACUUGGUGUUGGUAUGACAUCAAUGACUGCUCCUUUGUACAUAUCAGAGGCUUCUCCUGCUAAGAUUAGAGGUUCGCUUGUUAGUACCAAUGAAUUUCUCAUCACUGGAGGCCUAUUCUUAUCCUACCUUAUUAAUCUUGCUUUCUCCAAGGCACCAGUUACCGGGAGAUGGAUGCUUGGAGUAGCAGGAUUACUAGCCCUCCUUCAGUUCAUAUUAAUGUUUCUUCUUCCGGAAUCACCUCUUUGGCUCUAUCGUAAGGGGAGGCAAGAGGAAGCCAAGACAAUACUAAGGAAGAUAUAUUCACCUGAGAAAGUUGAGGUGGAAAUUCAAGAUAUUAAAUAAUCAAUAGACAAAGAAAUUGAAGAAAACAAUAGUUGUCGUGGAUUAAUAGAUGGAGUUGGUCUCCAAAUAUUCCAUCAAUUUGUGGGCAUAAACACUGUCAUGUAUUACAGCCCUACUAUCAUUCAUCUGGCUAGAAUUGCCUCGAAUAGGACAACUCUCCUUCUAUCACUUAUCACAGCUGGGCUAAACGCAUUUGGCUCAAUUGUGAGCAUAUAUUUCAUAGACAGGACUGGGAGGAAGAAGCUUCUUAUAAUUAGCUUGUGUGGUGUUGUGAUCUCUCUUGGAUUUUUAUCAGGAGUGUUCCAUGAGGCUAUUUCUAUUGGGUUCAAUAUUGAGGCAAGAACAAGGUGGUUCCUCGUGCCAUCUUCAUCGCUCGACUUUGGAUUCAGAUUUGUGGCAGAAACACUGUUUCGAAAUGCAGUGCAGAAGCGAAUUGAUGCUUCAGAUGCAACCUUUCAACGAAAUGACACAGUGAUUUAUGAAAUGGUAUGCCUGUUCGAAAAAGACGCAUUCUUUGGACGAACAAAUAUGAUAUUCCAGAAAGAUGACCUUUACAAUGUGUAUAGCAGAACCAAGACUGCAAAAGAGUUAUGGGGAACGCUAGAACGAAAGUACAAGAUGGAGAAUGCCGGAACUAAAAUGUUCUUUGUUGCAUGA